GGGUGAAACGCGGUAGUAGUUUCCUGCAGCAAUGGCAGCGAUCGAGAUAGAAAAGCAGCGAGGGAGAUAUGCUGCCCUGGCCAUAGCCGCUGUGGUCAUCGUGCUUGGCAUCCCCCUAUGGUGGAAGACCACCGAAACAUACCGAGCCUGGCUCCCCUUUUCACAAAUCAGUGAGCUCGACUCUUUACAGCUUCAGUUAAGCGUUGAGGUAGAGGUGGUCUUCUCUCGAGGAACGCUUAGUCCAGAGCAGCAGAAGAAGGUUCCACUCAGUCAAACCAGACAACAAGAGCACCAAGUAGAUGCUAAGACAGCGCUGCAGUACAGAUAUGAAACUAAGUAUCGCACUGCUACCAUCAUGGAAGAAGAUGCUCUGAACCAGCCCAGUGCUCAAGAGGCUGAUCUCUCCCUGCACAUGCUUAGUGAGAGUGCUUGUGGCUCUGUGGUUGUUUAUAUCAUCCCUGAGACCUCCACACUGCUCCCAGCGGAUGUGAAGGUAUAUGUUGGGCAGCGGCGCACUGCCCUGCUGCGUGCCGCUCCGUUUGAAAGCACUGCUGGCCUGAAAGAGGUCCUGUCCACUCUGGAGCCUCAGGUGAAGCAAGUGGUCGACACCAUGUCCUUCAGCCAUCACGACAUCCUGGCUGCCCUGAGCGACCGCAUCCGUGUCGGCCAGGUCAGCAAGGAGAGUCUGGCCGACAGCAUGAGGGCCAUAAAGUCCAGUCCAGGUUAUGAAAUCACCUUCAGUCUCCUGAACCCUGACCCAAAGUCGCACAGCCUACACUGGGACAUUGAGGGUGCUGUUAAUAGCUACAUCCAGCCUCUCCUGGACAAACUGAACCCAAUAGCUAACUUAUCAGUGGACUCACAGAUCCUGUACUAUGCAGUGUUGGGGGUCAACCCUCGUUUUGAUAACAGCGUGUCAGCCUACACGCUCAAUGCAGACAGCCUGGCACACGUCAUCAAUCCUGUGGAGGCCAGACUUGGCUCCAAUGCUGCAUCUUCAAACCCUGUGCUGAACUUCCUCCUGUAUGUGCCUGAUGCCCAACACUCUCCUCUCUUUAUUAGAGACCACAGCAAGAGGGAGGUUCCCUCCAACUCCUUCCACAGCCCACGCUGGGGGGGAAUCAUGGUGUACAAUGUGAAUGACAUGUAUGGGCCUGAGGCUGAAUUUCCUGUGGAUAUCAACAUCAACAUGAGCAAAGUAAUGGGGGUCUUCUUGGCACAGUUAAGGCUGAUGCUGGGUGUACAGAAGACUCAGCCUCCUCCUGGCUUUGUGCUGCAGAGUGCAGGCAGUGCAGGAGUGGCGGACUGGGAGCUGGACCGGUUGAUGUGGAGCCGCAGUGUGGAGAACGUUGCAACGGCCAGCACCACCAUCACCUCCCUCGCCCAACUGCUUGACCAGAUCAGCAACAUUGUCAUCAAUGACAAUAUCGCCCAGCAGGUUUCCAGUGCGGUGACAUCGCUGCAGGCAGCCGUGGCUGAGCUGGAGGCUGGAAACUUGGCCUUUGCACUGCAGUACAGUAGGGAGGCCAUUUUGGCUUCUGAGAGGGCGUUUUUUGAUCCCUCUCUCUUGCAUCUUUUAUACUUUCCUGAUGACCAGAAGUUUGCCAUCUACAUCCCUCUGUUCCUGCCUAUGUGUGUGCCUAUUGUGCUCUCACUGCUGAAGAUUGCCAGUGAGAUCAGACAAAGACGUGCAGACAAACUCGCCAAAAAAGACUGAAAGCUGCCAGAGAAUUUGGUGUGUUGUGUACCUGUGACCAUUAAUUCUAUGCACUGAUUUUUUUUUUUCAUUACAAGGUUAUUCCUGGAAACAGUUUGUUCUCAUUUCUCCACUGUCUCUCAAAAGUUAAAGGGGAAUUCCAACAAUUAUUCAGAAUUUCUACAUUUCAAUCACUGAGAUGAAAACAGUCACUCUGAAUGGUUUAUGGAGUGCAUUGUAUGGAAACUUGGAUUUCUUUAAAAUGGAGGUCAUAGGAACCAGGGGUCAUUAACGUCUAAUAUAGCCAUAACACAAAUGUAGCUGUUUUAUUUGCUAUACAAAAUGACAAGUGAACCUACACAGGUCUUCUGGGUUUUAUAUGUAAUGUUGAUGAUGGUAAAAUAAUUCUGGGUGGGUAUAUUUUCUUUUGGGGUGUAUUUUGCCUUAGAACACCCUGCAUGUACCCUCCACCAUACUUGUGUGUGUAUAUAUAUACAUUUAAAAUAUACAUUUUAGGCCAAAACCUUCUGAAAACUAUAAAACAAUUUUUUAGAUGUCAUGCAGCCAUUUGAUAUAAUAACUUUUUUGUGAGGGAGCUUUUAGAGGCAUUAAACUCUUCAGACGUCUGGUUCUUAUCACCACCGCUGUGAACAAUUCUGACUCUGUAAGAUUCUCUAGAAGAGCAUUUCACACCAAACCACUCUGAACGACUUUGUUUAUAUCUCAAUCAUUUCAUUAUGCAUAAGUUUUGAAAAAUCAAUGGAAUUUAUAUCAGUCAGCCCAUUCACACAUUUUUAAAUGUCUCUUAUUUUAUAUGCUGCCUUUUGUUACAGUGUCAUGUACUGACACAGGAAAACAGUCUGAAACUAAAGGAAAACACAAAAUUGUCUAACAGAUGAAAUGAAAUUUGCCAGAAGCCCCCUAGAAACACCCCAUUAAGAAGCCCUUUGUAGAGUUAUCUGUACCAGUACAGGCUUGACAUGUACAUCGAUGUUAAUAUAUCAGCAGUCGCACAACAGCAUUGCUCAUGCUUCCUGUAUAUUGACUGAGGCAGCUUCUGUGGUGAGGGAAGUUUUUUUUCAUUUGAUUAGAAGUAGUCAGUAUUGCAUGUCAGCCUUCAGUGUAGGGAUCAUUUAAGGAUUUAAUGAGAAGACAGGUUUGUGGAGAAAAACAACAGAUUGUAGUUGAGUAUUGUUAAAGAACAAUAAGCAGACAUCAAACUGAAAGGAGGAAUUGCAUCUGAUUAUGCAUCAUACAUGGCGAUGCCAGGGGUGGGUAGAUUCUUGUUACAUUUACUCAAGUACAUGUACUUCAGUAAAACACUGACAAAUGUGUACUCUGAUGUGAGUAUUUAUACAUAAUACUUUUCAAGUAUAUUAACAAGAAAAGGAAUCUAGUUUUUACUCAGUUCCAUUUUUUUGCAAUUUAUGUGUAGUUAUUCAUUUCAUUUUAUGUUUUGUUGGUGACAUCAUCUGUACUGCUUUGUGAACGGUCACACCUCUGAUUUUUUAGCAUUUUAUCUUAGACCAAAAGUCCCAAAAAGAAAAAUAUAAAGCCUAACAAAGUUUAGUCCUUGAUAAAUGCUGGAUUUACUUAGUAGUUCCACUGCAGUUCUGUACAUUACUUCUAAGUAGGUAUCAGUACUUGUAUUUGAGUAUUGAUUUAGGCUGGUCUACCCACCUCUUGUGAUGCCACACUAAUUGUGAAGGGAAAAAUGCCAUAAUGUAACCUAAAGGUACUGUAGCUUCCUCAAAGAUGAGAGAGACUGGUGAUGGUGGCUUUCCCCAUUAGGACAGGCUCUGUAUUACUAUUGCUUAACACGUUUUUAUGUUUAAUUACUCUGUCCGAAUAACUGGAAAGAAAGUUUUUACUAUAAAGCCUAGCACUUUUGGUUCGGUAUGAAACCAGUUUUCUUGUAACUACUGAUUUUUUUUUUCCUUUUACCCAAUUUUGUGCAGGCUGAGAUAAUACAAAACUCUUUUGUUGUUAAAAAUAUUUAUUAUUUGUAAGGUUAUGAAUGAAUAAAGAGAAAAUUAUA